AUGUCAGAGUUUGCCGAAGUCCCUACAUACACCAAAGUGUUCCAUCACGAACCUUAUGCGGCAAUCUUGCCCACUCGCCCAGAAUUGUCUACCAAGGGAAAGCAUGUUGUCAUCACCGGUGCCGGAACUGGUAUCGGAGUGGCAAUAGCACUGUCGUUUGCUCAAUCUGGUGCUUCAAGCAUUGCUCUGCUGGGACGAACUGAGGGUACGCUGCUCAAGACCAAACAGGCCGUCAACGCCACAUACCCCGAGACGGCCGUCCACGUCGUCACUGCAGACGUUGCCAACGAAGCAUCUGUGCGGGUCGCGCUGGAGAAGUAUGCUUUGAGCGCUGGGAAAAAGCUGGAUAUUCUCGUGGCCAAUGCUGGAGUCUUUCCCGGCCCGGGAACGCUGCUGGGCACUGAUGCGUCGUUAUGGUGGUCGGGAUAUGAGAUCAACGUCAGGGGCAACUUUAACCUCGUUCGAGCCUUCGUGCCUCUGGCAGAGAAGAAGGCAACUGUCAUCAACGUGACGACUUCAGUGGCCCAGUUCCCCUUUGUGCCGGGAUCCAGCGCCUACCACGGAUCAAAGCUAGCAGGCACCAAGCUUUUCGACUAUCUGCAUUUUGAAAAUCCCGAAUUGAGGGUGUUGCAGUUCCACCCCGGCGUGGUGCAGACGAGCAUGUCUCAAAAGUCGUUUGACGCCGGAAUUCCGAGGCCUGUGAUGGACGAUGCAUCUCUACCCGGCGCAUUUGCGGUUUGGUGCGCGAGUGCAGAGUCAGAGAGUCUCCGAGGCAAGUUUCUGUGGGCGAACUGGGACGUGGACGAGCUCAAGGCGAGGGAAUCGCAGGGCACUCAGCAGCUGACGAUGGGGCUUCUUGGGUGGCCGUGA